AUGGACAGACUUUUGAGGCUGUUGGCCGCUCUUAGCCUCAUCCAUCUGAGUGUAGCAACAUCUCAAAAACCUUUCUCUAUCAUUAUUAAUAAUGGAAAUCAAUUAGUCGUCAACAAUAGUGCUGUCUUGACAGGCUCUUCAAAUUCAUCAAUCAGUCCAAUUGUCGCCUCUUCUUCUGGAGCCAUUGCCAACCAUGGUGGCCAGGUCACCUACAGGAGGGUUAGUCCCAACGUCGUAAAAGUCCAAGUGGACACGAAUUCUUCUUAUACUGGGGCAAGGUUUACCGUUCCUAAUGACGGUCUAUUCUACGGUGUCUGGGAAUAUCCAUUCUUCGACCAGAUCACGAACACCAAUGUCGAGUUUGAUCUCAAAGGUCUUGGAGACUCGGAGGGUGUCAAUUGGUCUAACGCUCGAGCACCUUUCUUCAUCACCAAUGCUGGCUACGGUGUCUAUGCAGACACCCUUGAGAUGGGCUCAUUUGAUUUCACAACCUCCGGACAAGCUCAAUUCAUUUUCAAUACGAGCAGCUUAGUUUACUACAUCAUCCUUCCAAAUCGCCUGGAAACUAUAAAUCAAUCCUGCAAGAAGGAUUUCCACGAUGGUGUCAGCAAUGCUCAAGAGAACUACUACGACGUUAUAAACCAUCUAUACUACAAUGAAAUUAGGGCAACUUCAAUGUUUGCUGAUCGGCCAUAUGGAACUGGAAAUAUGUCGUUUGGCAACUUCGAUCUUGAUCCCACAUUCUACCCAACUCCAGGCCAGUUCAUUGCAAACCUGUCAGACCACGGGUUUGAUUUUCAGGUCUGGGUUGCGAACCGAGCUUUUUUGAACACAGAAUUGUAUAAUGACUCGGUGGCCAAUGACUGGCUUUUCCCAGGCUACAGCGCCGAGACGUUUCUUGGGCCUGCCCUCAACCUCUCAAUUCCAGCUGCAUAUAGCUACUUUCUGGACCGUCUCUCAGCUUUUACCGAUCUCGGUGUUAAGGGCUACAAGAUCGACCGUGGAGAGGAAGAGGAAAUGCCAGUCUAUGAACAAAACAUUCAGAUGAGCCUCUUUGAGCAACUCUGUUACGAAAACAUGGUCUCCAAAUGGGGUGAAUCAAACUUCUACAAUUUUGCCCGCUCCGCGGUAGACAGAUCUCGUUCACGAACAGCCGUUUGGAAUGGCGACUCACACUCGAAUUUCACUGGUCUAGCUUAUUCCGUGGCCUCUGGGAUCCGUGCUGGCUUGAUUGGCUUCUCGCAGUGGGCAGUGGAUUGCGGAGGGUAUAUCCGUGGGGUGAAUGAUCCUGAAGAGGAACUCUGGGCUAGAUGGAUGCAUUUCAGCACAUUUUCUCCGACUUAUGAAAUCAUGAUUGGGACAAACCAUACCCCCUGGUAUCCACCCUAUACGAGUCGCCUUGUGUCUGUUCUCAAGCAGACUGCAAACCUUCAUGCUUCGCUCCUGCCAUACAUUAAAUCUUAUACGUACCACGCUACUCAGACUGGUGUACCUAUCAUCCGGGCCCUUUUCCUAGAGUACCCGCAUGAUCCCAAGGUCUACACCACUACUGACUCGUAUGCCUUCGGAGAGGAAUUCCUCGUCGCUCCUAUUGUCACCGAGGGAGGUACUCGGGACGUAUAUUUUCCUAGUGGCUCUUCAUACCUUGAAUACAUCAACAAGACCGAUGUGUACCAGGGCGGGACUACGCACCCCGUUUCUCUGGAGUGGGAAUACGUCCCAGUAUACGUUCGCGAAGGUGCCAUUAUUCCUACGGGCGACAUAUACCAAGGCAAUCAGAGAUGGACUAAAUGGGAGCCGUAUCUCGAAAUCCAGGCGUUCCCAAGCUAUAAUGUCCCAGCAUCUCAAUUCGAAUACUACAAUGCGGUUCAGAAUGGGACGGCAACAAUUACUAUGGUUACGGAUAAGAGAGAAAAGAGCGUGAUCAUCACCUACGAGGAUUUGGGAACUCCAGGGACCAUUAUAGUCUAUGGCAAAGAUGGACAACGCAAUGCUACAUUAACUGCUGGGCGGGGAAGUGUGUUGUUUAGAGGAUUCGUCAGUCUGUUCGGGGAAUCUUGAACAAAGAAAUCCCCCUAUGUGACGGGAAAGUGGAUGAUUCCUGGAUAAUAAUACAAUUUAAAAGUACAUUUUGGAAUGUUGUAUGGGGCUGAUCUUGAAGAGGCUUGAGUAGGGGGAAAGGGC